AUGGCGAUAAAGGGGGAACAGUCCGGAGAAUUGAUAGGCUUGAUCUCAUCUACAAAGGACCCGCCCACUUGCGCCUCUUUGUGCUCAUUGUCCCAACUCUCCUCAAUGGCCCCGUCACCCGAAAGCCGCUGCUGCUGCUGCCGUCCAUCCAUCCACUGAUUCAUUCAUUCCUUCACUCACUCACUCACCCACUCCCAACCCCACAGCCCGGCUGAUCAAACCGGAAGCCCCGCCAGGGAACGGACCCGACUCACAAGUCAACAAACACUCCACCAAAGCAAGCAAAAGGACAAACAAACCAAACAACAAACAAGGACCUGAAGCUGCAACUGCAACCAGAAACAUCCAUCCUCCAUGCGCCUGGCUUUGUUUCCCAUGUUUUGUCACUCACCGAGCCAUUCUUCUCGUGUCUCCAUCAGGUGCCAUUAAUAUAAAUAAUUUACAUAUAUGCAUACAUGCACACAUGCAUGCCAGAUGCUCAAAC